AUGGAAGCACAUAAAAAGAAAAAGACCAAACAACAAAGGUGGCAGAAGAAAUUGAAGGCAUAUAAUCUAUCUUCACUUUUAGAGUCCCUUCCUGAGGUGAAGGCAUCAAAGAAACCAGGUUACGAGAAUGACAGCAAACUUAAGUGUAAAUCCAGGCAGAUGCUAGUAUUGAGUGAAAGAGAUCGAAUUUCUGCUGUUCUCGACGAUCCUACCUUUCAAGUGGAUCCACUGUCUGCCACUCAUGAAUAUGUACAGAACAAACAACCGGUAGUAGAGGAACAACCCAAGAAAAAAGUGAACAAAAAUGGAUCCAAGAAGAAGAAAUCAAAGGCUUCAACUGGGCUACAAUCUAUGGAAAUUUUGUGUCUUUGUGUGGCUGCUAUAUGA